AAGAAGAGCGAGCUAGCAUAAAUAGCUAACCCGGUUGUGCGUUUCGAGGUCUGCGGUCGUACAGAAUUAGGAAUUUCUUCAGACAGUUUCACCCAAGAAACAUACUGCACCUGCGAACCCACCGCAAUCCGCAGUAGGAGUCAUCUUGUUCCUGAAACACGUUUCAUCAAAUACAGUCACACUGUAGCACCCCUGGCAGCCUUGUGACCGAGAAAAUAAUGAGCUGCAGCUGAAGAUGGGUGGUAGCGGCUCCAAAUCCAAAGGAGUUUGGCCUUUUUCUGGCUCAGGUAAUGUGGACGAUUCAACCAAAGAUGGAAACGAGCAGUCACUGGCAAGAGUUCGAAGUUUCCCGGGUGCAACACCAUUUGUGUUUACCAGACGAAGCUCUAUGUUCUUCGAUGAAGAUGGUGACUUGGCACACGAGUUCUAUGAAGAAACAAUUUUGACAAAAAAUGGCCGUAAACGGGCCACGCUGAAAAGGAUUCAGAAAAACUUAAGACCUCAGGGAAUUCUAAAGCUGGACCACCCGUGCAUCCAUGUAGAUUUCCCAGUUGUCUUGUGUGAAGCCUGACAACGUCUGAGGAGCUUCCCGGACAAGCCACUGUGUCAACUCCGUCCUCGGUUUCCCCCCCCCCCCCAAAAUGAUGGAAACCCAAAAACCAGCUUUUGAAAUACUCCGAUCUGUUGAUAUAUUUCAUGCCCUUCCGUGGACAGGCUGAUGCAGCGUGUGCUGAGCCUCUGCAUGUGAUCUGUUUUUGGCUUGUGUGCAUUUUGACACAGUGUAGGUCACCAGUGGGGACCUUCGAAGGGUGCCAAGUUGGCAAAAACAUGCUCAGUUUACGAAUUAUUUUGUGUGCAUGUUGGUGUGAGUGUGUGCGGGAUGAGGCACGGCCGCGACGGGCGCUCUUCCUGGAUAAUUCGUAUAACCUGAGGAGUUCCAAGAGAAUCUAGCCAGUGGUCAAAGUAGGAAAGUUGUCGGCGCACACUUUGGUUUUUUUGACACUGCUAAGACUUGCUUCAAUAUGCAUGGAACAGGAUCUGCUUAUGGAUUAUAUCCUCGGGAGUUGACAAUCAGUAGCCCACAAAUUGUGAAGUGGAUUCAUGUAAUGAAGUAAUGUUUCAAGGACUGGCUUCAGUGACGGCAAAGCCACACAUGUACACAGCAGCAGUGAGUCUAUUAAGAGAUCCUGUUGUUUUCUUUGCUGCUUUAGCAAACUAUGUUUCACUAUUAAUUUAUUAUAAAUGUUUUUAAUUACAAGUUGAAUUGCUGAA